GGAACUGCUGCCUAUAUGACUCAACUCUAGGCAACACAGCGGGUCGAUUGAUCUGCAUCCAGGAUGCCGUUACUGCUUUUAGCCGGGCCAUCCAAGGUCCAGGCCACGUUCUAGCUCCCGGAAUCAUGUCCUGCAUAUGCGACAUUCAUACGUCAAAUUAACGCCAAUCUUAUCAGCCUCCACCACGAUCUCCGCUGCAGAUGUCCCCGACAGGGCACGGGUGAGGCCUCACAAUCGAUUCAACACCAUCCUUUCGACGACAGACCAAGAUGAACCCAUUUUCCAUAGUCUGUCACAUUCUGACCUGGCUGGUCCCAGCCCUAACCCCGCCUCCACCCCCACCACCACCCCCAUCAUUCACCAAAUUCCUCUCUCUUCCUCCUGAACUCCGCCUCCUCAUCUACGCUCAUGUCUUCGGCCACCGUCCACUUGUGGUGACCGUCUCAGACUGGGGAACCUGGCGGCUCUUGCCCUCCGAGGAUCACGAACACGAUCCGAGCUUUCUAUAUACGUACCCCCAUAAUGUCAAGAAAAAGAAGCCCUUUACCGUCGCCCUGCUCCGCGCAAACAGGCAGAUUUAUUGGGAAGCGUUGCCCGUCUUCUAUGCCAGCGUGAGUUUUACACAUGACUUUUGUUGCACGUUUCUGUUGGGUCUUUUGGGUCACAUGUCGGACUAUGCGCGCGACCACGUCCGGUGCAUUCGUCUUCGACCAGAAAUGAUAAUACCGAUAAAUAAUGCCCCUCAAGAUUGGGAGCGGACAGGCUUGAUGGAUCUAUGUACGAGUCUGGCCUGGUUGAAGGGGCUGAGGAAGGUGGAGGUGCUGUGUCCUCCGGAUUCGUUUCCAUGUGAUGAGGAGGCAGCCAUGAAGGAAAUUGGGGCUGCGUUGGGGUUGGUGAAGGUGAGAAAGAUGGUCGUCACUGGUGAAGCGAGGGAUUACAGCGCUGGGUGGGAAGAAAGGCUGGGAAAGCUUUUGGAAGAAGGAAAGCCCGAUUGACAUUAUUGGUCAACCGUAUAAUCAGGACAUGAACUCAUCUCAGAACUAGCGGGGUAUACAUGAAA